CGUCACUCCAUGUGACGAAGAACACACACACACAUACACAAACUGCCCAAAAAAGCGGCUGAUAGCUGAUUUCCUCAAGUUUCUUGCACUUUCUUGUGUUUCUCCAAGCCAUUCAGUGUCUCAGCCAUGGAUAAAGCCAGUCAUACAUCUCGGCCUCGUGAAGAGCCAAAAUUCCAAGCACCAGAUACCACAACUCUAAUAAUAUCUCUAAUUGCCGUCUUCGUGACGAUCGUGCUUCUAUAUGUCUACAAGAAGAAGAAGACUUCACGGACUGAUGUACUGCUGAUGGGUUUGUGUGAAGCCGGGAAAACUAGUGUUUUCACACGAUUGAUCUUCAAUGAGGAUCGUGAGACUUUCACUUCCAUCAAGGAGAAUUCAGCUGGAUACAGCAGCAAAAACGGUUACGUGAGAAUUGUGGACAUUCCGGGACACGAACGAUUGCGUGGCAAAUUCUUUGAUGAUUUCAAACAUCAUGCCAGAGGAAUUGUCUUUAUCCUGGACAGUGUCUCUCUCCAGAAGAAUAUCCGUGAUGUGGCUGAUUUUAUGUACACUAUUCUCCUGGAUCCUGCCAUAGCUUCCCUUCCCUUCCUGAUUUUGUGCAACAAACAGGAUGAAACCAUGGCUAAGGCUGCCAGUGUCAUCAAGAGCCUCCUGGAGAAGGAACUCAAUGUCGUUCGUUCCACGAGGAAGAACCAGCUGGAAUCUGUAGAUUCCUCCAGCAAAGCCAAUUCCUUCCUCGGCAAACACGGUAAGGACUUUGAAUUCAUCCAAAUCUCCCAAUAUGUGGACGUGCUGGAGUGCUCGGUGAAGAACAAGGAUAUUGCCAGUCUCACUGACUGGCUGGACAGGAUAGUGUAAAGUGACCUCCGGAAUUGCCUCAUUCAAACAAAAUGUUUGACUUUCGCUCUGUUAUUCAUCAGUGGAAUUUCAUCUUUGUCCCUCUCUCUCUCGGUGCCUCUUGGUUUUUGUGGGAGAAAGUCACUCGAGUGGUUUCCAAAAACACUCCAAAACCUCCAAAAUAUUCAUCUAAUAACUUGUCUUUUCCAAGUCAAACUCGCUCAUUAAAAUACAUUGGAGAAUUUAAUGCAUUUGGCUUAAUUUUUGAAAACUAUCUUUUUUUUAAAUAAAUUUUAUUUUCUGAGAGAGAGGGAAACUCUUUUGUCUUAUAAAAUUCACCAACUAUUUCGAAUGAGAAGUUGCACAAAUAUUUAUUCUGCUCAAAAAAAUCUUGAUUCUUUUUCAAUGAAAUUUAUUAGAAAAAAGUGGAAAAGAUAAUGAAAUUGUGAGGAAUUGAUAUUUGGUCAUGUUCCUUACUUGAAAUGGCAUAUUAUGAAACUAACCAAAAAUACUAAAAAGGUUAUCUCGGUUAUCUAAUUAAGCCCAUACAUAUUAGAGUGAUAAUAUUUUCUUCUAAAUAUGAACAGAAAUAUUAACCCAUUAAGGCCCUUUCAGUGGUUCCCUGAAUAUUUUUAUUAUUCUACAGAGAAGUUCGUGGUAAAAUUUUAAGCCACGCCCCCUAUAAGGAGUAACAACUAAACUGAAAAAGAUUAUUUAAAUUUUAAUUAUUCUCGGUAGAUGUCUAGAUUUCAUAUAAAGAAAAAACAGUUUUUUUUUUUAAAUUAGGGCUAUUACCGUUGCUUUACCGAUUCACCGCCAAUUGUGACCGAUGCACUUCGGGUUCAGAAUUAAAAGAUCUUUCAAAAAUGUCCAAAUUUGUCCAAAUCCGUUGAAAAUUGGGCCCUCCAGGGUGGUUGACCUUUGACCUUGAAUAAUUCAAGAUGGCGAUUUUUCCGGUGAUAGGUGUCUAAGGACGAAAUUUUCAGCUCGACUAACUACAAAACAUAUCCGAAAAUCAUUGAAAUCGCUAGGGCCAAUUUUUUGCAACAUCAAAAAAACAUGUUUUUGGAGGGGAUAGAAGGGGUGGGGGGUACUUUGGUAAGUUAGUUCACUAGAGCAUGCUGACUUGUGGGGGGGUCACUGAAGACCGGAAGUCAAUAUCUCUUACCGUUUAGCAGCCAGGAUGGUGAGAAUUUGAAAAAAAAGUGGAUUGUGAAAACUGCUCUCUCUUGGAGUUCGAGCAGUUAAAAAUGACAUUUUCUUUCGUAACUUAUGAGCACGGCCUGAUUAAUAAGCCACGCCCCCAAUAAAACUCGUAGAUAGUACAGACGUAGUUGUCCUGUUAGGUAUUCGUUCAGGAGGGGCAUCGUAGUGAGGAUCAGUAUUGAGAGUUAGUUCAUAAUGGAUCGUCGUAGGGAGUAGAUCGUUAUUAGGAACGCUGAGGGUUCUGAAGAAACCUCUGACAAUUGGGGCAUCCAUCCACGCAAUUGCCUUAAGGGCUCUACGUCUACCCUUACAGAUUCCCUGACGAAUUUAACAAUUUUGACGAAAGUGUCAAUAGGAAUUCCUUCCCAAGAGAUGUUUCUUUGAUCCUACUGCAUAUUUUAUAGAUUUUUUUCCGGAAGGAUUAUGUGCAAAUUUUAAAUGUUGGGUGGGUAGAACGCUCAUGGGGCGUGGCUUAUUAUUUAGUGUGCGGAGUUAUUAAGAUUAAUAUUGCAUUUUAAAGCGUUCCGAAAUAUCUGGCUACUAAACCUUGAAAAUUCUAAAAUUAAAAUCUAAAGAGUGCACGAGAAAAAAUAAACUUAGGGAAAAGUGCGCUACCUUCGGACUCGGACGACUCAAGCUUCGGAUAACUCAAUUUUUUCUAUGUUAAUGGAUUUGACCCAUGUCUGUUUAUUUUACCCUGCAGUAUUGAUCCGAAAUCCGUGUAAAUAUUACCCUUUUCAGGUGUAUUGGGGGUUAAAGUUACCCUUUUUCAUGUUAAUUUUACUUUUAAAAAGGUGUAAAAUUAACAUUAAAAAAUGUUGAUAUAUUUUUACACUUAAAGUUUUUUUUACAGUGGGUUUUAUUAUUUUCUAAGUCGUUUUUCUUUUAAAAAUUCUUUUAUCAAAAAUAGUUACAUAAUCGGGAUCGGAAUAACAAUGACAAAUACCUGAACUAAAAAUGACAUUCAUUCUGUAGGGAAAUUCUCACUGAGAAAAAAAGAGGGUGCGAUUAAUUUUUUUUCCUCAUAACUUUAACACUUUUUAGGUGUAAAAAUAUAUCAACAUUUUUUAAUGUUAAUUUUACACCUUCUUAAGGGUAAAAUUAACAUGAAAAAAGGUAAGUUUAACCCAUAAUACACCUAAAAAGCAUAAUAUUUACACCGAUUUCGGAUCAAUACUGCAGGGUAAAAUAAACAUUUCCGGAAUGUUAUUUUAACUUUUUCGGAUUUCUCUAAGUGGUAACUUGUGGCAUUGUCAGACAUGAGUACGGAAUCUGACAAUGUCAAUCGAGCUUUUUUUGUCACAUCACAUGAGUUCAAAAAUGCAAUUUAAUUGGUUCUUUAAUAAAAUCUCUUUACUUAAUGAUAUUAUGCACAUACAGUUUCUUAGUUGAUUUGUUUAAUAAAAUUCAUUGUCAUUUGAAUUGUCAACAGUGCCACGUGAGCUCAAAUGACAAUGUCACGGCUAUAGAAUCACAUUUUCGAAAGAGUUCUCCUGAGAUUCGAACGCAAUUUGUCAUUAUAGGAUUGCCAGAAAGUUACAGAAUUCCCAAGAAUUCCCCUACUGGGGUGCAAUUCUGAAUUUCACCCCAGUAGGUACUUAGCCACGUGGCUUAACUUCUUUAAAUUGUUAUCAAUUAGGAUUUUUUUUUUGGAAAUUUUUGAUUUAGGUUUGAAUAAUAAGGGUAAAUGAUGUAUUAAAUUUUGAAAAAAUAAUGAAAUUUCCAGUUAUUAAUUUAUCUAGUCUGAAGACUGUUUAACUAAAUCAUGGAUACGAUUUUGGCGGUUAUCACCAGACCUAGGGAAUAUUAAAAAUCAAAAUGAAGCAUUUUUUUAAUGUCAAUUUUAUCAAAAGUUAGCAAAAAUUGAUUGGUAUUUUCUAACAUUGGUAUCCGGGAUGACUGAAAAAAAAAACUUUUUUCAAAUUUAACAAGGAAAGUUUGUCAAAAGAUAUUUUUCCAUAUACGGGUAGUCCCGCUUUGAAAGAAUUUCUUUCAAAAAAAGGCUCGCGAAUUAAUUCCAGUGACACAGUAAAAUUGCAUACUUUACAGGAGAUUACUUUGGAAAAACUUAAGAAACCGUCGUGAUGUAUGCAAGACAUUUUCGGCGCCAAUUUUUCAGCCUAUUUUCAAUGCCAACGGCUUAUAAAAAAGUGCAUUUAAAAUGUACCGCGUGAAAAAAUUUGCAUACGAUCAGGGGAAUUUUAAAAAUGAUUUUUAUAAAUAAGCUCCCAAUAAUAGGCAAUUUGUAUCAAAUUCUUUCAGUUCGGUUUAGUAAAUGAUAUCAUUUUGCCAAAAUUUGACCGAGAUCCAUUCCACAAUUUAACAAAACUUUUUUCCAGAAUAUAUUGGUAUAGCAAUAAUUGGGAAAUUCUGAAUGUUUAUUUUUGCAGUAAAUUUGAUUAAUAGGAGGACAAUAAAUUGACUGUUUAUCUAACUUAUUUAAUCAAACUGAACGUGAACAGUUUUUUUUAGAAAGCGAAAUCGAUAACUUUGUGUGUGGUAUAACAAAUUCAGGGUUUUAAUGGAUUAGUUAGUGUAUGUUAAGUUCAUAGAAAAAUAUCAUUCUAUAAUGGCUCGAAAUUUCUGUGACUUAUGAAUUUUUCUUCAGAACCGAAAAUACGCUGUAAGCGUUAUUUAUUCGGAGUCACAAUCGACCGUAAAAUACUAAGAUACCUAAGAUAAAAAUUACUUUUGCCCUUGUAAAGUCGAAAGUGCGAAAUAGACUUGAUAAAACCUUCGACAAGAAUUGAAAGUUUAACGAAGAUUCCGUUAAUGAAAGACAUAAAUCUACAGAUCAUCAUUAGGUAUAUUUACGUAUAAAUAGUACUUUGGUUCUAUAAGAAUGGAUUCACAAGUGCUAGAGUUAGAAAUCUGGCAGUUUUCGAGAUAAUUUUCGUUAUCAAUUUCUUGAAUGUCCCUUGUAGAUCUUGAACAGAAUGACGAUGCAUUUGAUAGACAAUAAUCUCUUGUAGUGAACCUCUCGUUAAGCUUUCUAGGCGGCGGUUUAUAAUAAACCGACCUAUAGUUUGUAUAAUCCUCACAAAAUGCAUUUUUAGUGAUAUUCUGGGAUCUUGCUAAAAAGUUUUCCUUGAAAUAUCUAUUUUUGAAAAGGUUAUGCUUUAAUUUUUUUCUGGACAUUUUAGGCCUAUGUUUUUGCAGUUCCUUCCUUUUGGACUUUCGUUUACGAGACUCUUUGUUCCUUUGCACAGUUCUAUGUCCAGCAAUUAAAUUUCUAAAAGAAACCUUAAAAUCGGAUGAACCAUGCUUCUUUGUAGCAUUUUUAGUGAAAUAAGAUCUUGAUGCAUUUUUCUUUAUUCGGAAUUUACGAUAUUGCUUUCGAUUUUGAACUUUAGGAGUUUUAGUAUGAUUUUCAGAAAUGAAGUUUUUAGCUAGUAAAUAAUUUAGAAUUUAAUGUGAAAUGAAAUUAAAGAUAAAAAUCAAUAAAUUACCUUUGCUAUCAAGAUACCCUGAGGUGGAUUGAUUAAAACCCUUAUUGUUCGUUUUUAAUGGAUUUUUUUCACUUCGGAAAUUUUUGAGUGAAUUGAAAAGAACCGUUUGGUUAGUUUUCGGUUCAUUUUUCUUCACAGAAGACUCAAGUUUGCUUACGACUUGAUUAACAUCCGAUUUUCCAUAAAUUUUCUCUUUUAUUUUUCUUUCAAUUUCGUCAUUUUUAAUGUCCUUGGAAUUUUUCUUUUUUUCUGAAAAUAAAUUACCUUAAAAAUUUAACAAAUCAGUAACUAAAAUAUCAGGAAGUUUUCCAAUUGAAAUAUUUCGAAAAUUUUACCUUUAUUUUUGACAUCCGUAAAGCUUGAUUGAUACAAGGCUUUAGGGGCAGUUUUUCCAGAUAGUGAAUUCCUUAUGGAUUCGAAAAGGGAUUUUUGAUUAGGUUUUGUUUGAUUUCGCCUAGAAUUAUUAAGCUUGAUUUCCCCUUUCCGGACUUCAGGAUUUUCAAUUUUGUCUUUAACUGUUCUUUCUAUUUCGUUAUUUUUAAUUUCUUUUCGAUUUUUCUUUAUUACUGAAAAUAAAAUUAAAAAUCGGUUUGUUAGCAAAUACCCCUAAUCAGCAACUAAAACCUCAGAUAAUUUUCUGAUAAAAAGCUUUGGAAUAUUAAAACUAGAAAUUAGUUUUGUUCUUUGGCUAAAAAAAAUGAAAAAAAGGAACAGAAGUUCGGAUAACAACCUUUGGUACCAAAAUGAGUAGAACUUUCAUGAUAAACGACUUUGGAUUUUGUUUUAGGAAAAAUUUUUCCAUCUUCAAAAGUUUUAAUGGAUUUUAUAGGAGCUUUUUGUUUAGUUUUCGUAUAAUCUCUCCCUAAUUUAUUAAGUCCGAUUUUAGUUUUUCGAAUUUCAGCCUCUUCAGCUCUACCAUUUUUUCCUUUUCUGAUCUUCGGAUUAUUACCGAAAAUAGAAAAUAAAUCUGGCAAGUUAGAAAAUGCAUUAUAUAAAACAAUUAAAACUUCAGGUUGUUUUCUGAUUGAAAGGUUCAAAGGUAAAACAUAAGAUGAUAAAAUUACCUUUGCUUUCGAGAUCCGUGUGGCUGGGGUAAUAUAGGAUUUUGGCUUUUGUUUUAUGGAUACUUUUUCCAGUUCCGGAAGUCUUGAAAGAUUUGUAAAGAGCUUUUUGAUUAGGUUUGGCCUGAUCUUCCCUAGAAUUAUUAAAUUCGAUUUUAGCUCUCUUAAUAUCAGGGCCAUCAACUAUAUUCUUUAUUUUUCUCUCAAUUUCAUUCAUUUUAAUUUCUUGGCGAUUUUUCUUUCUUGCUGAGAAUAAAGAUAAAAGUUGAUGUGUUAAAAAAAUUACCAAAUCCACAAUUAAUAUCUCAGGUAGUUUUCAAUGUAAAAGCUUAACUUUGCAUCUAAAUCAGAGGAAGAAUAAUAAUAAAAGUAUAAUUCUACAUAUUUAAUUAAUUUAGGAAAUGUUUAUCUCUUGGUCUUUGCGUGCAAAAUAAGCGUUUACUUUAAUGAUCUCAAGCGCACAUUAAACAUUUUAUAAUCAAACUCAAGUGGUUACCAUAGGAAUCACACCAACUACAAAUUUCUCAGCAUUUAUCAAACGGAUUAAGUUUUUAUUUUUGCCAUCAAAAAGAUGUUUUUCUCUUUAUGCAUAAAAUUAUAUUCAUGAGAUUGAACAAGAUUGAGCAAAAACUUUAAUAAAAAAAAUAUCUCUCAUAAUGUUGUAUAAAUCGUACUUAAGUGACAAUUUCUCAUUCAAAAUAGCCAUAACUAAUUUGUAUUGCAUUGCCCAUAAUUUUUUUUGUAAUACAGAGCUUUUUAGGUAGAUAAGAGAUGAAAUUUUAGGGAACUAUCUUGGAUUUUGAGCUAUUCCCAAUUUGCAGUGUUUUCGUUUUUUUUAUACCUUUAAAUUUGGAAAUGACAAUCUCUUGAAUAAAUUUUCGAUAAUGUGUGCAA